AGUGCCAUCGGAUACAACAUUCAACAGCUCAGUUCGCCAGGGCAGUUUCUAGUGCAGAUUGAAGGGCCGUUGACGACAUUUCGUUUUGUUCACGUUCGUUGAUCAGUUUCGGAGCUUUGUAACUAAAACGUCAGUCUGAUUAGCUUCUUCAGUAAGGCUCCACCAUUCGUUGAACAAGGCGCUGCACAGCCAUGGCUAUUGAGCUCUACACUUUCGCAUGGAGCAUUCCACCGACUCAAGUACAAAUGCUGGCCAGGCAUAUUGGACUGGACAUCAAGCUACAUGCUCUGAAUAUCGACAAAGGCGAGAGUCAGUCGGAGGAGUACAGAAAGUUGAACCCCCUUGGACUGGUGCCGACGAUUGUGGAAGACGACUUUGUUCUCACGGAAAGCUCUGCCAUCUGCCGCUACUUGCUCAACAAGUACGCUCCUUACUCGGAACUUUAUCCAAAGGAUCUGCGGAGACGAGCACGUGUGGAUGAAAUUGUGGAGAAAAUUGGCAGCUACGUGUACCCGAGAAUUGCUUCUUUUUACGUUCAGAACGCCUGCUUUAAAAAUCUUAAAAAGCCAACAGCUGAACUACUCCAGCAGUUAGAAGAAGAAGUCAUCGCGACACUCCAAAGUCUUGUUGGUGAAAGCAAGUUCGCAGUGGGAAAUUCGCCGACACUCGCGGAUCUGUGCCUGGCCGCCCACAUCGCCAGCAUCGUCCCGUGUUACUUUUACAGGAGGGAGAAGUUUCCCAGGCUGACUACCUACUACGAGACUGUCCGAGCUGAGCUGCCGUAUUUCAACGAGAUCUGCCAGCCGGGAAUUGAUCUUCGCAACAAAAUGUGGGAAAUGGCGAAAUAAAUGCUUGGUUUCAUUGCAGCUUGCAUCAAACCAAUAGGAUACAGGAACAAAAUAAAUAUCCAUAUCGCGGAUACCAAACAUUUAUUAUAUGUAGUAAUUUCCAUCUAUAUUGUUCGCCUUGCGAGACAUAGAGAACUUUAUUUGAAUAUAUAAAGUGAAUAUACAACUAAGUCGACCAGGAAACGCUCUGGAAAUCUGUGCUAACUC